AAAGAGCUUGUGUGUGCGUGUGUGUACAUUCGCGCUGGAAUUCUCGCUCACCUGCCGGAUCGCUCUCGGUUGUUCUCAUUGGGUUUUAAAAGCGAGUUUAUUAUUAGGGCAAUGGGUUUGUUUGGUCGAUUUUUGGCCAGAAAUCAAGCUGUUGGAAUAUGACUAAAUUGAACGUGUGUCACGAGAUGUUACUGAUGUGCAUUUUCCAUUUGUGGGCUAAACCUGCUUGACGCCACAGGAGCACAUCGGCCGGACUUCCUCAAGGGCAGACGAGCGCUGAAGAGUCUAGUAGAAGAUGCGGCCUGAGCAAGAAGCGGCAGCAGCAUUGCAGGUUAAUGGCGUGGCCCAAACUGGAAUCAAUACGCUGGAACUUGGCCACAUUGCAGACACCGCUGAUGUUGAAGGACUGUCGGGCAGCCAGUCAGAACUCUCACAAAGUCAAGCGUCCGUCCAGCUAGCCGAACAUCUGCUGGUGGAUUCUUUGUCGAGCAGGACGGCCGAGAGCGGGGCCGUCGACUCGGGCUAUGGCAGCGCCGGCUCCAGCCCUAGCUACGCCACCACUGCUUUCAGUGGCGACCUCAGUAGAAACUCUGGCUUUUCUGACAUCCUCUCGGAACAUACUCCACGAGGGAAUCAGUUCAAUAAAAGGAGAAAAAUCAAACCUGCUUCCAAAUCGAGGACGAAAAAGGAAAAGUGCAGCUCACCUAAGGACUCGGCGGAGCAUGAAGACGAGCAUGGAAGCCCACCGUCGCGGCCCACCGUGGCGGAAGCAGUCUGCUGCUGCUAUAGGUCCGUUCACAGGGGCUGUUUGCAGUGUGGGGAGGAGACACCGGCCAUGUUGUCUGGACUGGUGCUGUCUUUGGCAUUUUGUAUAGCCAUCAUCGUCCUCAUUCCAGCCAUGGGAAGGAAUGUGGAAGUCCACGUGGGGGCUCUGUCGGUGUUGGGCGUGGUCCUGUGUCUGAGUGCCGUCCUGCUGGUGUGCCUGCCAUGGCUGGCCACCGUGAGACGCUGCGCUGGUGCCCUGGCCCUCUUCGUCUGGGGGACGCUGUACAUGACAGCCAUUGUUUUCAUCUUCACCGGAGGACCCGUCACAACAUGGGAGCAGGUGGCCUUCUUCCUCUUCCUGUCCCUGAGCGUGUACACUGUUUUGCCGCUUUCACUGGCCUGGGCUCUCAUAGUUGGGAUUUGGACCAGCGUUUCACACAUCAUCAUCAUCAGUGUUUAUGUCUCCGUCACGAGCCCGGAGACGCCGGACUUGGUUGUGCAGCUGGUGGCAAACGGCAUACUGUUCUUGUGCGUGAACUGCAUCGGGGUCUUCCAUUUGUGGACCACCGAAAACGAUCUGAGGAAAUCCAAUCGGAAGAGAGAGCAAUUCAGCGCCGUCCGCUCCCAGAAGGAAAUCAGGAAAUAUCAACAGGAGCGUCUUCUGCUGUCGGUGUUGCCGCGUUACAUCGCCAUAGAGCUGAAAACGGAGUUGAUCAAGAGGCUGACCAAGCCCAUCGAAGAGAAAGAAAAUAAACGCAACUUCCACAGCCUCUACAUACGGCAGCACAAAGACGUCAGCAUUCUGUACGCAGAUAUUGUGGGCUUCACCAGGCUCGCCAGCAGCUGCUCACCAGAGGAGCUUGUCGCUGUCCUCAACAAGCUCUUCGGCAGGUUUGACGACAUCGCCCAGAAGAACUGCUGCCUUCGCAUUAGAAUCUUGGGCGACUGCUACUACUGCGUGUCGGGUCUGCCUGACCCGAUCUCCACGCACGCCAGCAACUGUGUUCAAAUGGGCUUGGAUAUGUGCACCGCUAUCAGUAAACUUCGAGAGGCCACCGGAGUGGAACUCAGCAUGCGUGUUGGCGUGCACACGGGCAACUUGCUCUCGGGCGUGAUCGGCUUGCAAAAAUGGCAGUACGACGUCUGGUCACAUGACGUUACGCUAGCCAAUCACAUGGAGUCUGGAGGUGUUCCCGGGCGAGUUCACAUCACUCAAGAGACUCUGCAACACUUGAACGGAGCGUUCCAAGUGGAGGAUGGCGACGGGGGGAGUCGGAAUCCUCUUCUUCAAGGGAGACAAACCUACCUGGUGCUGGACCCCAACAACUCGGAGAGCUCGCUCCAAAGAGCGCAAACGGCCGGCAACCUUCUUGGCACAGUCGAGAACAGGCAACGGGCGUCCAUGCGCAUGUACCUUCAGUCGUGGCAGAACGUCCGACCCUUCGCAGAACUCAACAACCAUCAAGCUGAGUUGUCCAAGAAGAUCAACGAGGUCACCGUGAACCAGCAGCAGUCGUCCGCUGAAAGACCACUUUGUCAGAACAGCCCAUCCAGUUUGUUUGUAGAUCACUGCGUGAGGGGGUCGCUGGACACGAUGGACACCGCAGGGAGGAGGGCCAAGCGACUCAACUGUCUGACGCUGCUGUUCAAUGACGUGCGCCUGGAGAAGCAGUUUCGCCUGUCGGAAGUGAAAGGCUUACACCAGUCCAUGAGUUGCCUCGCUUUCGUCUUUGUCACCCUGUUUGCUGUCCAGAUACUUGUUUCUGACAGGAACUUUGAAUUGGCCGUGUCCUACAGCGCCACAUUUGCUGUGAUGGUGCUUCUUCUGUCCAUCACCUUCUGUGGCUACAUGCAGAAAUGGCAUUCCAAGACAUGCAAUAAUUGUAUAUCAGGAUUUUCUCCUGGGGUCUCCACCAGGGCGGCGCUGCGUCUCUUUAUCGUGUGCUUGAGUUUGCUCAUCACGCUGCUAAUGGCCAUCCUCAACUUUGUCUUCAUCCCAGGAAGCAACUGCACGGAAAUUAGCGACAGGAGCGCGCUGGAGGGUCUCAAACUCCACAUUACGCCUUACUACCUGUACUGCUGCUUGCUGGCCAUGCUCGGAGUCAUCGUCUUUGUCAGGAUAUGUCUGUUGGUGAAGGCUCUGCUCCUCACGCUGGCCGUGGUGGUUUACUUGGCCCUCUUCCUCCACGUGUACGCCGACCGCUCGUUCUGCCUCGUCGACCUGCUGUACAACAACACCAUCAAGCCCGGUGUGCUGAAGGACCCUCAGAUCAUGUCUGGGGUUUGGCUGGUCAUUUUUUAUAUUGUCUGCCUCAUACUGGCCAGACAGGAUGAGCUGGGCUGCCGCGUGGAUUUCCUGUUGGAACACUGUUUCAAGCUGGAACAAGAGGAAAUGGAGACCGUGGAGAAUGUCAACAAGCUUCUCCUCCAUAACGUUAUGCCGCUUCAUGUGGCCUCCUUCUUCAUGGAAAAAACUGUCCGUAAUCAGGACCUGUACAGUCAGUCGUACGAGUGCGUGUGCAUCAUGUUCGCCUCUGUGCCUCAGUUCAAAGAGUUCUACAGCGAGAGCAGCGUCAACAGAGACGGUCUGGAGUGUUUACGUUUACUCAACGAGAUCAUCAUCACCUUUGACGAGCUUCUAUCCAAACCGAAAUUUUCUUCGGUGGAGAAGAUCAAGACCAUCGGCACCACGUACAUGGCGGCUACGGGGCUGACGCAAUCAUCAGAUGACAGAAAGGAAUGCGACUUGUCCUACAGUCACGUGCGCUCCAUGGUGGAGUUUGCCUUUGCUUUAAUGAGCAGUCUGGAGCACAUCAACACCGAUUGCUUCAACAACUUCAAACUGCGGAUUGGAAUAAACCAGGGCCCGGUCAUUGCCGGAGUCAUCGGGGCUCAUAAACCGCAGUACGAUAUCUGGGGAAACUCGGUCAACGUGGCCAGCAGGAUGGACAGUACGGGAGUGUUGGACAAGAUCCAGGUCACAGAGGAAACAGCCCAGGUGGUCCAGAGUGUGGGCUACGGCGUCACGCGCCGAGGAGUCAUCAACGUCAAGGGCAAAGGUGAACUGACCACAUUCUUCGUCAAUGCAGAGCAGUCAUCUCCGGACUUCUGACCACCGCAGUUUGUAGUCGGUGCGGUUUGAAACAGACCUUCGCAAGGAGCCCGUUGCCGUCUCGUGCUAGCUAUGGUGACGGUGCCACCGUCUCGCCCUGCUGCUGACUGCCUGCCGUCUUGGCAUGAGACACUAAAUAUGAUCCGGAUCAGUUGAAUGAUCAUGUUACUUUGGCUGUAUUUGCAUAUGAAUACUCCCCCCCCCCCCCCCCCAAAA